AUGCCGAGAGCCAUCUUUAAGGUUCAGGGUGCUCCUAACAAGACGCGCUGGACGUUGGCGCAGAAGGACGAGCAGAAAGACUUGCAUAGUCCUGUUCAAGAUAAGGAGGAGAGGGAGAACGUGAUAUACGCGACCACGAUGCAGUCGAAUGGUGCCUACUACGACCGGACGGUAUCACCUUUACCACGCUACGAGAGCUUCGAUGGGAGCCAGUAUAGCGUCCCUGGAUUUGAGCAGCCUCCUAGCAACAACAACAUGGCCUGGAGACCACCGACUGCCGUUCAACAGCAACAUCAGCAGUACCACGGGCAGGGGAAGGGGCAUUUUGAGGAUUUCGAGUAUAAUACCCCUCUCGAGGAGAGGGCGAGUCAUCAGAUCAGCCUCAAUACCAGGAUACGGUCACAGAACGAGGACGUGGUUGGCCAGCAUUUGCUGUAUGAGAAGGCGAUGAUGGAUUCGGAGUCUUACGAGAUGUUGGAGAUUAGUGAUGUUGAUGCGCUGAAGAAAGAACAUGCUCGGCUGAACUCGCGGAUCGAUGCUGCGCACAGGAAGUUGGCAUUGGAGAAUAAAGUCAAGGAGGCGGCUCAGAAUCUGCAGAGGUUGUACUCCGCCAGUGGAAAGGGUAGGCCGGAUACGCCGCAGAGUCCGGAUAGUCCUAAGAGGUCGAGGAGUAGUCUGCUUGGUCGAGUACGGCCGGGGAGCAGCAGUGGCGGCUCUGGCUCGUUGACGCAGGCGGAGGAUGAGCUGGCUGUCAGUACCAAGAAAGUGGAGGAGCUGACUGGUACUCUGAAGCUACUGUUUGAGCGGAGACAGUUCGUGGAGCGAAAACUGCUUCGGCACACCGCGGCUGUGUUGGCGGAGCAGUCGGCAAGGGCUACGAAGCAGAUCAAUGGCAAGGCUCUCACGAACGGCCACGCUCAGCAUUACGAGGAACCGGACAGUCAUGAUAUCUACCACCCUGACGAGUUCGACGGCAUUCGGGAUAUCUUGCAUGGCGCGCCAGCUACUUCGGCCAGCCGAGGUGGCGCUCAAAAACUGCAGGAGGAGCAGGAACAGCAUAUGGCGAGUGUGCAGACUCGGCUGGAGCAUCUUAACGAGCAGCUUCGGCUUGUCAUAGGUGAGGCCAGUAGAGUUCGAGGUGUGAAUACAGCUCCAGAACCUGCUAUCCAGGAUCAUGACCAAGAACCGACCGCUCGGCUCGACCAGCGGCUCAACCGACUCGAAGACAACGUGCACUUGCUCGAGCAGGAACAGCAAGGUGUGAAGGCGCACUAUGCGCGUCUGCAAGACAGCGCGCACAUGACCCGUAACGCCGUCGAAGAACAACUAUCCGAUAUCAAUCACCAGCUCCACAACACCCUCUUACUCAGCGCGGACAUGCAGAACAUGGAGAGUCUGCGCGAGCCGCCUCAGGCGUCUGGACAUGGCUAUCAGCAGCAGUUGCAGUACUUGGCCGACAGUCUGGGGUCGAUGGAACAAACCUUACGGCAGCAUAGGCUUGAGUUUGAGGAUGCGAGGGAGGCUAGCGAGGGUCAUGAGAUGGCGCUUGCGGAUGCGCAGGGAAAGGCUCACGAGCAUGCGAAGAAGGUGGAUGAUUAUGAGGCGACGCUUGGUGGGCUGUGGGAGAUUCUGCAAUCCGAUCGCGCCAGCUCCCGGGCUCCAAGUGGUAUCGAUCAGGAUGCCGGUGAGCGCGGUCUUCCUAGUCCGACGACGCCAUUACGAGAAGACUUCUCGCUUGGGGCUUUCAGCUCGCAUGUCCAGCAUUUGUAUAAUCAGCAACAAUCCGCGAAAGAACAACAGGCUAUUCUGAAACGACAGAUCCAGCAGCAGCGCGAGCUCAACGGGAAGUCGGAUGCGGAGAAGGAUAUGCAGCUUACGGAUCUGCAAGGGCGACAUGAUCACUUGGCUAAUGAACACGGGGGCAUGCAGGAGCAGCUUACGAAGGAGAUGGCGCAGCGGUCGCAGGCGGAGUCAGAGGUCGCGGAGGCCAGGCUGGAGUUGAUGAAUACGGCUAAUGAGUUUGAGGGGCUAAAGAAGAUGGUUGAUGCGCGGCAGCAGGAAUGGGAUGAGAUGCAGAGGCAGCUUCAGACGCAUCAUCAGAAUGCAGUGGGUCUGCAGCAGCACGUGGAGAGUCUGGAGGCGCAAGUCGCGGGUCUGACGGACGAUGCGAGAUUGCAGGGUGUAGAGCACGAUUCUCGGGCGCGGGAUCUGGAGUCCAUGCAUGCCACUACUUCGGAGCAGUUGGCUGCUGCUGUCGCAGAGAGAGAGGCGGCGGAGCAUAGACACGCUAGUGUGCAAGAUGAGAUGCAGGAGCUGGAAGGCGAAGUCGUGCGUCUCACAACAGAGCUCACCAUGGCUAAAGCCGAGCUAGAAGGAGCAUAUGGCUCCCGCGCCGAGCGUGCUAGGGAAGCGCAGGCAGCGGAAGUCGUGGGCCUGGGUCAACAGAACAAAGCUAUGACUGAGCAACUGCAGCAACUUCAUACUGAGCACACGGGCUUGAAAGAGACGCAUGCAGCUGCCGUCGCGCAACUCGAGGGCAUGAAGACCGGUUCUGUCUCCGUCGAGAGGGCGAAGAAUCUCGAGAGCGAGUUGAGGGAUAUGACUGAUGCUUUCCGGGAUUUGACCAAGGAGUCUGUGGAAUUGGAGAAGGAACGCGGGCAGUUGGAGGAUUUGAUCGAUGGGUUGAGGGAUCGCUGUGAGGGGCUUGAGGCACAGGUUCAUGAUGAGAAGGUUAGGUGGAUGGGGGUUAGGAGUCCGAUGUCUGGGGCUGUUGACGCUGCUCGGGAUGGUGGGGUCAAUGGUAGAGGCAAUGGUGCGGCUGUUGUUGGUGGUGGGGUUGGUGGGAGGGAGAUGAAGAGUAUGAUGGUUAUUAGACAAGAAUUUAAGAAGAUGAUGAGGGAGGCUAGGGCGGAGGGGGUGAGGUUGUUGAGGGCUGAGCAAGAUCAACGUCGUCAAGUCGAAGCUGAGCUCCGCCGGCUGCGACAAGCUAAUGGGCCUUUGGCGAAAGCGUUGCCGACCCCAGCCUCCGCGACUCCAGCGCAAGAUCCACCUCAGGUCCUCGAACAAGCGGCUGUGCAUGGCCACAGUAACGGUGCGAUGAACGGCACUGGUUAG